ACUCUUUCACUGUCACUCAGCCCAUCACAGGGCUUCCUGUAAAGGCCCAGACAGAAGCUGUGGUCGAUGCAAGAAAAUGUCAGCGGCCACCCAAACAGAACAAAGACAAUAAGGAGGCAAACGAAUGAGUGACAGAAAGAGAGAGGAGAAAAUGAGAGCAAGCGGAAGGGAAGGAGGACACUGAGAGAUCAAAGAAAAGACAAUCUUUUGACUGAAGACGACAGUCCAGCAGAAGGGACGACGAUGUGACUCUUUUGAGGGAUGCGCUGCUGUCUUCACGAAGCCAAGAAAAUCAUAUUGACCAUACGUGAUGAUGGGGGCGGUGCAGCCCUACUUUAUCUUGGCGGUUUUGUUUUCUCUUCAUUGUCUGGACUGUGAGGCGAACUUGCAAGGGCUCACCUGUGUGAAUGACUUAAUCAACAAUGUCACUUGUACGCUGAACAGUUCUUCAGUGGAUCCUGGCUUAGACUGUAUAAUAUUUGGCUACAAGAAAAUCCGAAUCAGGACGAAUGGGGUGACGCAUGCAAUUCUAAUCAGCCAGAGCUGCAAGGUCAGAGAACGCCGUAACCUACCUCCAGGAUGCAGUUUUCUCUUUGAAAAUGUAAAAUUCACCCUUUUUGAGGUGAUGCCCAACAUCAGCAUGGAAUGUAACGGUGCGCUGGUCAAGAACCUCAAAGACUAUAAACUCCAAAACCACAUUAAAAUGCAUCCCCCAGGGCUCCCUAACGUCAGCCACACUGACAAUGACACUGUGAUAUAUUGGGGUCCAGGUAGCCCCUGCUCCGUGCUUCUCCGAAAGUUUGAAUACGAAGUUCAGAUCCAAAGGAGUGACCCAACGACAAAGGAGGUUCACACAUUUCCCACCAACAAACCCCAAUUAAGGAUCGCCGCUGGACAGCUGAAAGGCAAGCACCAGGUUCGUGUGAAAGUCAAGCCAGCACACAGAGAAAACAGCCAGUGGAGUGAGUGGAGUCCAUCUGUAUCCUGGGUGGGGCCAGAAGCAGCAAAUCAAGAAUGGAGUCUGGAUCUGACCUUUGUAAUAUUAGCGGUUUUGAUCAGCUUGUGUGUCAUGAUCGUCAUGAUUCUGGUGUUUUACAGAUGUAAUAUUAGCAAAAGAUUCCUCAAAGCGAAGCCAGUUCCAAAUCCUACAAAAUACUUCCAAAGUCUCCAUAGUGGGAAUUUAAAGAAAUGGCUGAAUCCUAAUUGUACUGCUGCAACCUUGGACAAUGCCCAGCCUCUCAACCACAUCUCCCCAGUGGAGGUGUGUGAAAGCUGGGAUGCGGGUCCUUCCACGUUCAACCCCUCCAGCUCCAAUUGUUUCCCGCAACCUCCGAUCAACAUCGAAACGUUGGCUGGCUCAGAUGAGAACAGGCUUGUAGACAAUUUGUCCGCAUCUUCGUCAUGUUUCUCUAACUUGGGCUACUUUGUGUCCACCUCCUGCAGCAGCUCCUUUCAAACUGAGCCCAAUCCUGUAUACUUUGCGCAUAAAGAUGAUGUUCACAUUCCGCACAAGGCACAUAAUGCUAACCUUCACCUCUCUCUCCACCGUUGCCCUACUUUGGCCAAGUCUCCAAGCUGUGAGAGUUUGAAGAGAGGGACACAGAGCCCUGACUCGGGCUUUUGUUUUGGACAGGGAGAUGUGGAGGUCAAGGAAGAUAAACAAGGUGUGAAUGGGGAAAAAGACCAGAUUUCAGGUCUUUGUAGCUCCUCACAGCUCAGCCUCACUCUCCGUCUUCCAGUGCAGACAGGUAACCCCUCGACUCCUCCUGGUUUGUCUCAGUUAUCUUCAGAUAGAACUCAGACGCAUGCGCCUUUGCUAGCAGCAAAUGUAAGCGCUGCAGGCUGGCCUGUUGCUUGUACAAUGUACAGGCCUUCCUCUAUGCCAGUAGAGUCGUGCAAAUCAGGUUACUUCAUCCUGCAAGAGAUACAAACUACUUUUAGCAACGCGUCUAUCUGAGCUCAGUCUGAGAUGGAGCCCUGCUGUGCAAACACAUUUUCUGCUGCUGCUGCUGCUGAAAAUUAUGAUUAUGAUGAUGAUUGAUUUAGUGUAUCCAAUGAUUCUCAAACGCUGAGCCGGUAAAUUAUCUAAUUUCACAUUAAGUCCAUGUACAGUGAAAAUAAGUUUGGCUUGUAAAUUUCACACACGUGAGUGUUGUUUCCAUCCAUCCAUCCAUUUUCUGUACCGCUUUAUUCUAACCAGGGUUGCGGGCGUGCUGUAGCCUAUCCCAGCUAUCAUCGGGCAGGAGGCGGGGUACAGCCUGAACUGGUUGCCAGCCAAUCGCAGGGCACAUAGAAACAAACAACCAUUCGCACUCACAUUCACUCCUACGGGCAAUUUAGAGUCUUCAAUCAACCUACCAGGCAUGUUUUUGGGAUGUGGGAGGAAACCGGAGUGCCCGGAUUUGCCAAAUUUGAAUGAUUAAAAAAAGCUAUAUAAGUUAUAUAAAAUGUCCACCCCACUCCAAACAUUGGGCAUGUGCGCCGAAUGCUACCACGCCUCACUGAAAAAUGGAUGCUACUUCGUCUAGCAAUUUUUUUGUCUUCACAUGUUUGAGAUGGAAACUAUAUCCGUUUAAAGCCUCUGGUGACUAGAAUAUAUCCCAUCAGGCCAUCACAGGGCUUUCCAUACCACGAUGAGAGUCGCUAGCCAUCAGUGAACUCGUCUCAGCGGACUUUCACCAAAGUCGAAUCAGUCCUUGCUUAGCAUAUGUACCAAAUAAACAGCAAAGCAAAUACCUCUGCACCGUCAGCUUUAAAAUACUGUUCUUUUUUUGUUAUUAGGAGCUGCUAAAUGAAUUAUUUUUAAAAUAUAUCUGUAAUGUUGUUGUACUGUACUGUAAUGAUAUGUGAAUGUAAAAAAAAUAAAAAUAAAACAGUCUGCAGCAUCAAGUUAUACCCAAUAUAGCGCCUUUCAAUUGACCCAGUGACAUUUUUAUAUAAUUAAAAAUAAGUAACUACAAAAUAAUAACUACUAAAAGAAAAGAAAAACUAUGAUGAGAACCCUUUGGGGUUAUUUCUUAGUUGCUCAUUAGCUUCAUUUACAUAGACAGAAUGCUGUGUCAUACCUCAAUGUCGAAUGGGCACAAAUAUUUGGGAAGCUGUGAAGUUGAUUAGAUCGUGUGUAUCGUGAUUUGUGCAUUUCAAUCAUUUCAAGCUAUGCAACGUGAGCUGCCAUGUUGUGUAAAGUAAAUCACUUAUCUCACGUAAACCAGUCUUUAAGAGAAUUGAAAUGAGGACUCUGCUGUGUAGAUGGUUUAUUGUUAGUGUUCUCACUUGCUUGUAGCGCCUAAUAAAUUAUGUCAUACAUUGAUAUCAAUGAAAUCACCAGCAAUAAUAAUUGUUUAUUCAUUC